AUGCACCGGACAGGACGCACCGAAGUCCUCUACAUCAAGAUGCGGUUCAUGUUUUGCCGUACGCACGCUUCGGAUCAACUAACAGCCACGCCACAGCAGCGACUUCUACGUGGCUGGGCUGCAGACCCGCGUGAAAAUUGUGUCAAGCGUUGGUGGCGCCUUGCGAACGCGACAGCUGAUGGACGCGCUUCCGGCUCAGAUGCUGGACACAAUAAGCGUCUGUAUACUGGAGUUCAUCGCGGACUCGUAUCUCGGCAAAGGCGCUACACAGCGAUAGGCGAGCAUGACUCACGAGAUGCUCCCAAGGCAAAGGCGAGCUCCCAUGCUCUCUCGGUGCAGCACCUAUCGACGAUAGGAAGCAAGACCCCCGCCAUGUGGAGCCAUCGCUGGCAUUACGCCACGUUCGACUCUGAGGUUCGCCUCGUUUCUGAAGCUCUGCGAGUCAUCUCCGGAUGGGAGCCACGCCCGAUCUGUCUGUUGGGUGUUCAUCUCCGUGUGCCUCCGAACGGAUGCGCGGAUACUCUUGCUGCUCGAACGGGGCGUCAAACGAGCGCCUGUGCACGGCACAGCAUACCGCCGGCCGCGCUGGUUCAGGAUCUUGUCGCCGCCCUCAGUUCCUCACUUUUCAAUUUACUUUGCUUCCAACAAGCAUCGUUCUCCACCCCCAGCAAUUGCUACCUACACUCCCUGUCACUCGACGACACUCCAUCGACAAUGAACCUCACCAAGUUGGCUGCGUACCUGGCUGUCGUGUCCCUCGCCGUCGGCUCCUUCGCGGAUGCCUCUGUCCCCACGACCGGCUACGCUGUUCGUCGGCUAGGAGCUGGCGGCGGCGUUUCGACCUCGACGACCGGAGUCGCCGCUGACACUGCGACGCAGCAGACGACCACGACGACAGACACUGCAACGCAGCAGCAGCAACAGCAAUCUACCCAAGGCGGCCAGACCUCGACCCAGGGCGGCCAGACCUCGACAGACUCUGGAAACCAAGGAGGACAGUCAUGGAACCAGGGCGGCCAGCACGGAGGAGACUCCAACCAGGGAGGCCAAGGCCAAGGCAAUCAAGGUAGCGGCCACAACUGGGGCCAGGGCAACCAGGGCGGUGACGCUGCAACUACCCCAUGUCCGAGCGACGAUGCCAACCAGGGCGGCCAAGGCCAGUGGAACCAGGGCCACAACUGGGGUCAGGGCGGCCAAAACCAGUGGAACCAGGGCAGCGGUCACAACUGGGGCCAGGGCGGCCAGGGCAACCAGGGUGGACAAACGUGGACUGGAACCCAGGGAGGCGACGCUGCUACUACGCCGUGUCCGGGCGACGACGCUAACCAGGGCGGCCAAGGCCAAUGGAACCAGGGCAGCGGCCACAGCUGGGGACAGGGUGGCCAGGGUAACCAAGGCUGGGGUCAAGGUGGCCAGGGCAACCAGGGCGGACAGACUUGGACCGGAAACCAGGGAGGUGAUGCUGCUGCUACGCCGUGCCCAAGCGACGACGCGAACCAAGCUGGCCAAGGCCAGUGGAACCAGGGCCACAACUGGGGUCAGGGCGGCCAGGGCCAGUGGACCGGUAACCAGGGAGGCGACUCGGCGGCCGCGCCAUGCUCCGGCGACAGCUCGAACCAGGGCGGCGAGGGUCACUCGUGGGGACAGUGGGGCCAGGGCGUCGGAGGAAGCCAUGCAACGCAGAACAACGGUGGCGACAGCACUAACCAGUGGACUGGAACUGUGACUACACCGAACCAAGGCUCGGCUGGUGGCGACCACACUCCUGUCACGCAGGGUGGCGAUUCGAGUGAGACGCCGUGCCCGAACGACCAGGGCUCGGCUGGGUCUCCUCCCGAGACCCCCUCUGUUCCGGAACCCCCUGUGACUGAAGCCCCGUCUACCGAGGCCCCUGCUACCACCGCGCCCCCGGCGACGACGGCCCCGCCGACAACGGAUGCCCCCACUACCCAAGCUUCUGCGACCAAGACCGGCGUCACUCCUGCCGCCCAGUCGGACGAUUCGACCACGCAGCAGUCCGCCGUUCAGUCUCGCCUUCGUCACUAG